AUGGCGAUGACCUUGAAAAUGAAACUCUCAAAAACAAAAACCUUUCAUUCUUUCCCUUGUCACCUUCUUCUCCGUUGUUGUGCUUACAGUUACAGUUACAGUUAUGGUUAUCAUCAUCCCCACAAAGACCAUCAGUUUCUCUGUGCAAUCUCCGAAGCCAUCAUCGAAACCAACUCUCUGGAUUCCUCUCUCACUCUGAGACGCAUUCUCCCUUCAAUCAAACCCCAUCACGUCGCCAAACUUAUUAACCUCAACCCUCUCUCUCUUCCACCUUCCUCUCUACUCUCCUUCUUCAACUGGCUCGCUUCUCGCCCUCCCUUUCGCCACACUCUCCUUUCCUACUGCACCAUGGCUCAUUUCCUCUGCUCCCACCGAAUGCUCCCAGAAGCCCAUUCCCUCCUCCGUUUCCUAGUUUCCCGAAAGGGAAAUGAUUCUGCUUCUUCCUUGUUCGCUUCCAUUCUCCAAACCAUGCCUGCCCAUCACUCCAUUCUCGUUUUUGACGCUUUAAUCUGUGCGUAUACAGAUUCUGGGUUUAUACCUGAUGCUGUUCAGUGUUUACGGUUGGCUAGGAAGAACAAUUUCCCGAUUCCGCUUUAUGCUUGUGGGCAUCUGCUUCAUAAGAUGGUGAAGUUGAAACCCCCUGAUUCUUCCUGGGCCUUUUAUUUGGAGAUUUUGGGUUCUGGGUAUCCGCCAAAAGUUUAUAAUUUUAAUGUUUUGAUGCAUGGCUUUUGUAAAAUUGGUGAUAUUAGGAAUGCCCAGUUGGUGUUCGAUGAAAUUCUCAAGAGGGGUUUGCGUCCUACGGUUGUUAGUUUCAACACUUUGAUCAGUGGGUACUGUAAAUCGGGGAAUUUGAAGGAGGGUUUUAGGUUGAAGAGUGUUAUGGAGAGUGAAAGAGUCUGUCCCGAUGUUUUCACUUUCAGCGCUUUGAUCAAUGGAUUGUGUAAAGAGAGUAGGUUAGACGAGGCAAACCUUUUGUUCGAUGAAAUGUGCAAGAUAGGCUUGGUCCCCAAUGGUGUUGCUUUCACCACUUUAAUUGACGGGCAGUGCAAAGAUGGGAAAGUUGAUUUAGCCUUGAAAAAAUUUCAGAUAAUGCUGGCUGAGGGUAUUAAUCCUGACUUGGUUACGUACAAUGCGUUGAUCAAUGGCCUUUGCAAGGUUGGACAUUUGAAGGAGGCUAGGAAGCUUAUGAAUGAGAUGAGUGCAACUGGUUUGAAGCCGGACAAGAUCACCUUCACUACACUAAUAGAUGGAUGUUGCAAGGAUGGAGAUAUGGAAUCAGCGUUGGAGAUCAAGAAGAGAAUGAUUGAGGAGGGGAUUGAACUUGAUGAUGUAGCUUUCACUGCACUUAUCUCUGGGCUUUGCAGAGAUGGAAGAGCUCAUGAUGCAGAAAGAAUGUUGAGAGAUAUGUUGAGUGCUGGUUUCAAACCUGAUGAUCCAACAUAUACCAUGGUUGUUGAUUGCUUUUGUAAGAAGGGUGAUGUUAAGAUGGGAUUCAAGUUACUCAAGGAGAUGCAAAGUGAUGGACAUGUACCAGGAGUUGUCACGUAUAAUGUGCUAAUGAAUGGACUGUGCAAACAAGGUCAGAUGAAAAAUGCUAAGAUGCUGUUAGAUGCAAUGCUUAAUUUGGGGGUGGUUCCAAAUGAUAUUACAUUUAACAUUUUACUAGAUGGUCAUUGCAAGCAUGGAAGCUCUGAGGAUUUUAACAUAUUUAAUUGUGAGAAAGGACUUGUUACAGAUUGUGCUUCAUAUACAGCACUUGUUAAUGAAUCAACUAAAACCUCAAAAGAUAGCCUAAAGAGAUGAUUGCUACUAAACUUUUUUUAGCUGAACUGCCUUAAUUGUUAGACCUGCCUUAGAGUUGAUCAAAAGUAACUUCAUUAUUUUCACUAAAUCAGUAUUCAGCAGAGGUUGGCAGAACAGACAGAAUACGUUUAAAAUUUCAUUGUCGCAAAAUUAAUGAUUGGUUUGGUGGCUUGUUGCAAAUAUUGUGCAAGAGGGCAUGAGGAGCUUCUAUCUGAAAAGUUUUUUUGAUGUUCAAACCAAUGCCAUCCUGCAAAUGCCAGAAGGCUUCAUUCAUUGCAAUAACACCAGCGUUAUUGAAGAUUGGAAUUGCAUUUCUCUCUCUUUUUGUAUAGUGGAUAUUAUUGAUGCCAAUUGAGGUGGUUCUUUUGUAUGCUUGGGGAUCCCUCAUAAAUGAAGCAACUUUGUUGCUAUUUUCAAUGCCAGAAGCCAAAGUUAGAGUAACUAGCUAAGGGCGAGCUACCCUAGAUGAUUCAGUUGCAUCUUAAAUGGCAACCUAACUACCUGAUAUGGAUGCCCAAAUUGAUUCUUAAAGAAAGUGCUGAGAUGGAAAAUGCCACAUUGCUGAUGGAUAUACAGAAGUGAGAAACAUGUUUUCGCUAGAUGAAUGAAACUUCUUUGGAUGAAUGCCCCCUUUAUCAGGGCAUGUGAUAUUUUUUCAAACUUCACCAUUUUCGCAGAAGAUUCAGUCAUGAUGCUGCCAGGUCAGCAGUUCUUACAUAUUUAGUUAACUCUGGUGUUCUUGGGUUGGUUACAUAGGUAACAUACAUAAGCAAAGCAAGGAAUCAAGAUUCAUAAGCUUCCUAUACUCUUAUGAAGGUGAUCUUGUCCGGCUUCAAACCAGUUGCACUCAUCUCAUUCAUAAGCUUUCGCAUAGGGGGCGUUUAUUGCAUGCCAAAAUCCUAUACUCUUAUGCUUGGACAUUAUCAUUCAUAAGCAAACGCCCCCUAUAGCCAUAUGAUUUCUUAUGAAAUUUAUUGCAUGCAAAGCUGGCUAUAACCUAUACUCAUAAACUGAUGAU